UAGCCGACUUCUGAAGUUAGGACGCCCAGCAAGAGUUGACGAGUAGAGUCGACCUGUAAAGGUUCGUGCGGAGUAUGAGUAACAAUACAACCCAUUAGGUAGCAACAUUUUAAGGCACGUGACGCGCCACCUGACGAUCCACCUGACGAUCCACCCGACGAUUCUGCGUGCACUGCCGUCGUGGCUUCGUCAGGAUGAGGGUGAAGCGGCAGCGCGAGGUGCGGCGCCACGUGCGCUUCUACCGCACGUGCUGCGGGUUCCGCGAGCCGUUCAAGGUGGUGUGCGACGGCACCUUCCUGCACCACGUCACGCGCUUGAAGCUCUCGCCGCCCGCCGCGUCGCUCCCAAAGUUGCUGGGCUUCCCCACGCGCGUCCACAUCACACGGUGCAUCUUGGCGGAACUUCAGCGGCUGGGGACGGCUUUAAGGACACGCGCUUUGCAGCCCGACAGCUGGAGAUUGCAAAGUGCAAUCAUGAAGCCAACCAAUCAGUGACAGCGUCAGAGUGCAUCCAGCAUCUGGUUACAGGUGGUAACCAGCAGCACUUCUUCGUUGCUUCACAGGACAUCGAGUUUAAGAAGCUUCUCAAGAAGGUUCCUGCAGUGCCAAUCAUCUCAGCCAACGGAACUUCAAUCUGCCUCGAGCCCCCAUCGCCUCUCGACCUCUCCCUCUCUAAGAAAGCUGAAUCUGCCCGGCUUGGGCUGCCCGGGCACGAGCAGCAGCAGCUGCUGCUGGCGCGGGCAGCCAAGCGAAAGAAAAAGAUUGAGGAGACGCAAAAGGGGCUAGUUCCGACCGUGGUGGAUGUCGGCUUUGCAGGGCAGAAGGGUGCAGUGGGGGGUGUGGAAGCAGCGACAGGGGAGGGAGGAGGAGAGGGGGAGGCUGGUGUUGGGAGUGAGAGAGAAGGGGAUGGUGGAGCAGGGGCUUUUGGGAAAGAGGAAGGGGGAGGGACAGGAGGUGUGGGUGGAGGGGUGGGAGGGGUGGAUGGCAACCCUUAUGGGUAUGAGUAUGAUUCUGCGGAGGAGGAGACAAAGCCGGAGUGGAAGCGGCUGGGGUAUGUGAAGGACCGAGCCAAGUUCAAGAGGAAGAGAGUGAAGGGACCUAACCCUCUGUCGUGCAAGAAAAAGUCUCGGCCGGCGCCCGUAGCAGGGAGUAACGAUAAGCAGGAAGGGGGGGAGGGAGCAGGGCCACGAAAGCGGCAAAGGAAAAGGCGUAAAGGGGGUCAAGCAAGUGAAGGGGUUGUGGUUGGUGAAAAUGGUGGCUCUGGUAGAUCUGAUUAGGUGAUGCCUACAAAUAAUGUUGAGCGUGGUGCCUAUGUCAACAAAAACGCUUUGCUUGUUAUCAAUGCUGUGUCUCGACGCCUAUUUUUUAACCUGGAAAAGGACUUU